AUGGUCCAGCGCCACACCCCGCGUGAGUGCCUGAGUGAACCGCUCGUCGACGAGCUGCCCAUGAAGUGCCAACAAUUGCGGAAAGGAUUCAGCGAGUGCAAACGCGGCCUGAUUGAUAUGCGGAAGCGAUUCCGCGGAAACCAGCCCAUCUCCGUAUCGAGGGAGCUCGAAGGUGGUAAAUCCAAACCCUCCCAGCAACUAUAUGCCGGGAAGCCCGCUUUCCAGAGCGUCAAGGAGAUCAGUGGCGAUGAAGUCCAGAUGGACCCUGAGAAGACCAGAGGAUUGUGA